AUAUUUGUUGUUUUUUCAUCAUUUCAAAGCAAACCCAUCUCAUAUAAACCCAAAAAACUCAAAUCUUUAUAAUUUUUUUUUUAAUUUUCACCAAAAAAAAAACCCAAUUUUUAUCUUUUUUUUUUGACAUUUCAAUGGAAACCCAUAACCUAAAAACUCAAUCUUUACCUGUUAAUUCAGUUGAUGAAGCUCAACAAAGUGAUGAAAGUGGAAAAGAUGUUGACUUUUUAGUCAAAGAAGAUUCUAGAAGAGUUGAAAAUGAAGAUUUGGGUUUGGAUUUGUCACCAGUUAGGGCUAAUUCUUGUAAUUGGGGCAAUUCUUGGACUAAAAUUACUGAUUCUAGCCCAUUGGAUUCACAAUGGUAUGUUGGUGUUGAUAAUAAUGGGCCUUCUUCUUCUUCAGAUUGGGCCCAAUGGCCUUCAGAAAUUAAGCCCAUGGGCUCAAUUGAGCCCAAAUGGGGUUUUCAAAGAAAUGAAGAAAUUGAGCCUGUAGCCUCUAUUGUGCCAUUUGAGAAUCAGCCUUUUAAGCUGGGUGCUGGACUUGCUAAUUUAGGCAACACAUGCUUCCUGAAUGCGGUUUUGCAAUCUUUCAUGCACACGGUGCCUUUGCUUCAGCUCCUUGCGUCGAACGAUCAUGCAUCGCCAUGCGAUAGUUACAUGAUAGGAUUCUGUGUAAUUUGCGUUAUUAGAGAGCUUAUUGACCUUUCAUUGGCUUCGGGCGGUGGUUUUGUCUCUCCCUGGAAACUUGUUAACAACUUGAGUUAUUUUUCGUCCAGUUUCCAUAGGUUCCAACAAGAAGACGCUCAUGAAUUCCUACAAUGCCUUCUGGAUAGACUUGAAAGCUGUUGUAAUGAUUCAAUGCGAAAAGAUGGGGCACCUUCAGAAAGUGACAACAUUGUAAAGCAGGCCUUUGGUGGUCGCCUUGUCAGCAAACUGCGCUGUUGCAAUUGUGGUCACUGCUCUGACACUUACGAGCCUCUAAUUGACCUAAGUUUGGAGAUUAAAGAUGUCGACAGUUUACCCGCAGCGUUGGAAUCUUUCACAAAAGUUGAGAAAAUUGAUGAUCCAGAGAUAAAGUUUUCAUGUGAAAAAUGUAAGGCACAAGUGUCAAUCGAGAAGCAGCUUUUGCUCGAUAAGGCCCCUUCUGUUGCUGCCUUCCAUUUGAAGAGAUUUGAAAAUGACGGUUCUUUUGUUGAGAAGGUUGACAAACAUGUUUCAUUUCCGCUGGAAUUGGACUUGCUUCCGUAUACUGAUAAUAACCAAAUUAAUAAUGAAGAAAUGAAGUACGAUCUUUAUGCAGUUAUAGUGCAUAUUGGGUUUUCAUCCUGUUCAGGGCACUAUUACAGCUACGUCCGGUCUGCACCAGAUGAAUGGUACAAAUUUGAUGACUCAGAGGUUUUCCGGGUUCACGAAGAUCUAGUUUUGGAAGAGGAAGCAUAUAUUAUGCUUUAUGCAAAGAGAGGUACCCCAUGGUUCUCAGAUUUCGUUGAAAUGCAAAAGCCCUUCAUAGAUCCGACCAUAUUCAAUACUUCUCCCAAGUCAGUUCUGGAUAAUGUGGACGCUAUAUCCAUAACUUCUCCGUGCAUUCUAAAUAAUCAUGCUUCCGAUGUCAGCGAAUCUGAUCAUGCUGCAGACGAGGCAUCUACUAAGCCUGAGCUCGACAAGAUUGAGGAUAGUGAAUCACGGGACGUUGAGCCGACGUCUACUCCAGGACCAACUGGUGCGGUUAACUCUCUCGAUUACCAUACUGCUGAAGCGGAUAAAGUGUCUUUAGCUUCAAAGCAUAAUGUAAACAACUGUACUCGGGACAUUGGUGUGACCGGAAGAAUGGAAACUCUGACUCCCAAGACACCAUCUAGGUCUCCUAGUCCAGAGAUACACCGAGAUGAUCCACCCGAAAACAGUUAUGCCAUUCCUCGUGGCCAUGUAACAUUAGCAGAUCAAGUUUCUUGCAAGCAUCAAUCACAGAAGGAUCUAGAGCAGGACUUGGAAAGAAAGGAGGCGUGUUCUCUAAUUAAGAAAACUAUUCCCGGGUCAAGAGGUCAACAAUUAAUGGCUGCUAUGCGUGGCUCACAAAGUGAAGGUUCAUUUUUGAACAAGAAAAGGAGAAAAAUCGAAGGUUCUCCGAGUAGUAGAGACGAUAGAAGUUCAGCUGGUCGACGUAGGUCAAGUUUUGGCUCUGGUUUACAUCCUGUAAUGGCUAGCAGCUUCAGAUGACUAGGUCUUUGACUUUUGCAGAACACUUGUAGUUUGUAUGAUAGAAUAGUCUUUUUGAUUUAAACCUCCAGGUCUUGGAGGCGGAUUCAAAAUUUUGAGUUUAUGGGUUGUGGAUUCGAGAAAAAAACAGCUUAUUGGGUUCUGGAUAAAUUAUAUAUACAUAUUAAGUGGAUUUUUAAA